AUGUCUGACAGUGAAGAGUUUUCAUAAUAAUAAGAAAAUUAAGAAGAGGAAAUUCCCAAUAUAGAAGAAGAAGAAGACGAUGAUAUAAUGCAAGAAGAAAAAACAUAAAAGCCAUUAUAAGAGGAAAAAUUAGUUAUAGAUUAAAACGAGAAAGAUAAAACCUCAGCUACAUAUAUAUUUUAUGAUGAAGAUCAUACUUUAGGAAAUGCUUUAAGAUAUGUUUUAGUUAAAAGAAAAGACGUCGAAUUUUGUGGAUAUACAAUUCCACAUCCUUCAGAAAAUAGAUUAAAUUUAAGAUUAUAGACAUCUUCCAAAAAUUCAAAUGAAGUAUUAAAAGAAAGUUUAGAUAGUUUAGCUGGAUUAUGUGAUGUUUUAAAUGAUAAAUUUGUAGAUGCAUUAAAGAAACACAAAAAAAAUUAACGUAAACAUUGA